AUGGCAUUCAAGUCAUCUCCCCAGCCUCUUGUUCAGGGAGGGCAUGCUCAUCAACCUGAUGAAUUGCCUUCCAUGUUUAUCUCCUCAACAGUGCCCGCCGUGGACGAGAACACCAUCAUCCUCGGAGCGACCCACCCUACACUCUCCACGGGCAACCCGAUACAUGAUGGCUGGUUUAUAUCAGACUUCUACGCCUUCAAUUUCCUGUUGAAAGGACUUGGCAUGGAACAGACUUGGCUAACCGCCGCGGAACCCGAGAAGCUCGUCCAGAAAUAUGGAUCAUACCUGCAUGGAAAUCCAUAUGAGGAGCGCAAGAUAUGCCUGAGCCAAGAGCUUCUGGACAGCGAUGAGCUUUCGCCUGUAACUGUGGUUAGCUCAGCGAAAAUGAUCGACCGAUUUCUGAUGGAAGCAAAGAGGGCUUCCGAGCUGGCGAAGAGAACGUCGGCUCCCCUUCUCCUCCUUGUCUUUUGCCACGGAUUGCCAAGCUUUGAUUUGCUUUUAGACAAUGGGAACAGACACAAGGGUCUAUCCGCCAUGAGGUUGAAAGGUGUGCUUGAGCCCGGUGUACGUGUGACCCUCAUUACUACGGCCUGUCACUCUGGUGGCUGGGUUACAAACCCAGAUUUUAAUUACACCACAAUGGCAGCCGCGAAUGCAGCUCGUACGAGUAAGGGGUUAUCAAAUUCCUGGGGUAUCUCGCAAAGCAUCGGCCGGACCUGCGGCUCCGUUUUCGCGAGCACGCUUGUGGAGAGCUUGUCGAGCGCAACAAGCCCACUUAUUGAUCCUAGCGAAAGGUCUACACCAUCAAAUUUCCCUGGAACCCAGUCCCAGCUGCAGCCAGAUGAGCCUGACGAACAUCAGACCAUGACAUAUAACGCCUUCUGCCAUUCGAUCUGGCGAACAUGCGAGCACCGUGUAACCCGGCUGUGGUAUGCCCAAGGAUUCAGUUUUAGUGCACAGGAUGACCAGUGGAACUUUUCCUGGACAGGACGUACUGGAAUCCCUCUAAGAGACUUCGAACGGCGAUGGAAAACGCUCGCCUCAUACCCAUAUACCGGCCCCGCCGAUGUCCGCGACCUUCGAAAUACCUAUCUAGAAAAUCUGACCUUUCUUGAAGCUGACUCUGCAAACACUGGUGGCGCCGAAGGCAUUGUUGACCAAAUGACGGAAAGCAUCGCCCACGGGCGGAUCAAAGCCAUGGGGCGGCUAUUCCACCAAACGUGCCCCGGGGACUGGGAUAGAGGGCAAAUGGUAGGAUUUGGCGGAACGUUGCGAGGGUACUACGAGCGCGAUGAAUUCAAGGAACGAGCCUCUGAGUUUGCUGCAACUAUCCGCUUUCGCUGGGAGAUGGGACUGCUUACGGACUAUGUGGUCAGUGUAUUUGGGCUUCCUAUGCCUAGCAAGAAGAUCUGUAUCUUAUGGGAUGAAUUUGCUUGGGAGGCUGCUAUAAAACGGAUCGAUCCCACUUGGGAGGCUCGUGAAGACAAGAUUAGAAGAGCCCUUGGCGACUGUUUGGAACUCGCCCCCCGUGACGAUCAAGGUCCGUUUUUUUCCCGACCAAAUUGUUACCUAACAGCUGCUCUCGUUGAGGCCAACAAACCCUACGAUGAGACCAUGGCUAUUAUCUCUGCCAUAGGUCAGUUUAUGGAGACCUUGAAAGAGUUCCAUCAGCAGCGUGCUUGCGAAGACGAGGGUGUCCGCCGCCGUGGCAGAGAGUGGUUCAAGACUGUCGGCAGACGAGCCCUCCGGUCACUUUCGCCUCGUAAGAGACUGCCAGCCAAGCCCCGUGGUUCAGAGGUCAUUGGAUAA